AUGGCGAUGACUACUACACAAACUCUUGUCUCUAGUGACAAGUUGUCAUUCAAGAAAUCACAUAUCACAUUCCACGAUCUACCAACGCCACAAGAAAUUGAUCUUCCUCUACCACCGCCGUCCUUCAGCCCGACCGAGAUUCUAGACAUUGACAAAGGCACCCCAGAUCACCAUGUGCCUCGCGAUUCAAGACUCAUCCGUUUAACGGGUGUGCACCCUUUCAAUGUAGAGGCUCCUCUAACAACACUAUACAACCAAGGAUUUCUCACACCACCCGAGUUGUUCUAUGUCCGAAACCAUGGCGCUGUGCCACAGGUUCUUGACAAAGACAUCCCCGACUGGACGCUAAGCAUCGAAGGUCUCGUCGAGAACCCCAUUACCUUGAGCUUCCGCGAUAUCCUCGAGAAGUACGAACAAAUAACCGCACCAAUCACCCUCGUCUGUGCUGGCAACAGACGUAAAGAACAAAACACCGUUCGCAAGUCAAAAGGUUUCUCAUGGGGCCCUGCUGGCCUGUCAACUGCCCUGUUCACAGGACCCUUGAUGGCCGAUAUCCUCCGCAGCGCAAAGCCUUCUCGACGUGCCAAGUAUGUGUGCAUGGAGGGUGCUGAUAAAUUGCCAAACGGAUAUUACGGCACCUCGGUUAAAUUGAACUGGGCCAUGGACCGGAACAAGCUCAUCAUGCUGGCCUACAAGAUGAACGGUGAGGCACUCACACCCGAUCAUGGCCGUCCUCUGCGGGCAGUUGUACCAGGCCAGAUCGGAGGUCGCAGUGUCAAGUGGUUGACCAAGUUAAUUGUGACCGAUGCUCCCAGUGAAAACUGGUAUCAUAUUUAUGAUAAUCGGGUACUUCCUACUACUGUCUCCCCCGAGAUGGCUGCCCAAGAUAAGAAGUGGUGGACCGAUGAGCGAUAUGCCAUCUACGACCUGAAUGUCAACUCCGUCGCGGCCUAUCCCGAACACGAAGAAACAUUGGACCUGACGACGAGUGGAAAAAUAUAUACUGCAAAGGGUUAUGCAUACGCAGGUGGUGGUCGACGCAUCACAAGAGUUGAGAUUUCCUUGGAUAAAGGCAAAUCAUGGCGCCUCGCGGACAUUGAAUACGCCGAAGACAAAUACCGAGAAUACGAAGGCGAAUUGUUUGGAGGAAAAGUCGACAUGUGGCAGCGAGAGACUAGCUACUGCUGGUCAUUCUGGUCUCUCCCUAUCCCUGUCGCCGACUUGAAAGAUAGCGAUGCACUGCUUGUGCGAGCUAUGGACGAGGCAAUGACCGCGCAGCCGCGCGAUAUGUACUGGUCCGUUCUCGGCAUGAUGAACAACCCAUGGUUCCGUGUCAUGAUCCACAGAGAAGGCAACCUUUUGAAGUUCGAACACCCAACGCACCCUGCAAAGGCUGGAGGCUGGAUGGAGCGGGUCAAGAAGGCGGGUGGUGAUUUGACGAACGGAAAUUGGGGCGAGAGGCACGAGGGCGAAGAACCCGUGGAGGUGGAGCAUGUCAAGGAGAUCAACAUGAAGAAGGACGGAGUGAGCCGCCAGAUCAGUCUGAAGGAGCUCAAGGAAAACAGCAGCAGCGAGAAGCCCUGGUUCGUUGUCAAUGGCGAGGUGUAUGAUGGCACCGGUUUCCUCGAAGGUCAUCCCGGAGGCGCAAUCAGUAUUACAUCCUCUGCUGGAUUGGAUGUGUCCGAGGACUUCUUGGCAAUUCACAGCGAGACUGCGAAGCUGAUGAUGCCCGAUUACCACAUCGGUACAUUGGAUGAGGCAUCCCUGAAGGCGCUCAACAGCAACACGGAAGCCGUAUCUGACGAGCCACGUCCAGAGUUUCUCCAAUCGCGCGUCUGGUCAAAACUCAAGCUCUCAGAGGUGAAGACCGUAUCCUGGGACACUAGGCUAUUCGUCUUCGACCUGGAACACUCAAAGCAGACUCUUGGUCUGCCAAUCGGCCAGCACUUGAUGAUCAAAGUCAACGACCCUGUCACCAAGGAGGCUAUCAUCAGAUCAUACACUCCAAUCUCGGACACGAAUUUGGAGGGAAAGAUGGAGCUGCUGGUCAAAAUCUACUUCCCAACCGAUGAUGUUCCCGGUGGAAAGAUGACAAUGGCCCUGGACAAACUCCCCAUCGGAGCAGAGAUCGACUGUAAGGGUCCCACUGGUCGCUUCGAGUACCUGGACAACGGACGUGUGCUCAUCAGCGGCAAGGAACGCCACGUCCGCUCUUUCAAGAUGAUCUGCGGUGGAACCGGUAUUACACCCAUCUUCCAGGUUCUGCGCGCUGUUAUGGAAAACCCUCAAGAUCCGACGAAGUGUGUGGUGCUUGACGGAAACAGACUUGAGGAGGACAUCUUGUGUCGCUCCGAGCUUGAUUCCUACGUUGAAACCGACAGUGAAAAGUGCACUCUCAUCCAUACGCUCACUCAGGGCUCUGAUACCUGGACUGGUCGGCGGGGACGUAUCUCGGAGGAUUUGAUCAAGGAAUAUGCGCCUGCUGAAGAGAGCAGUAUGGUUAUCAUUUGUGGACCGGAGGCCAUGGAACAGUCGGCAAAGAAAGUGCUUCUUGCCCAGGGUUGGGCCGAAUCUGAUCUGCACUUCUUCUGA